AUGGGUGUCACCGGCCUCUGGCAGAUCUUGCACCCAUGCGCCAGGCCCAUCAAGCUCGAAACGCUCAACCGAAAACGGCUGGCCGUCGAUGCGAGUAUCUGGAUCUACCAAUUCUUGAAGGCCGUCCGAGACAAGGAAGGCAACGCACUGCGCAACAGCCAUGUCGUAGGUUUCUUCCGACGUAUCUGCAAACUUCUCUUCUUUGGCAUCAAACCAGUCUUCGUGUUCGAUGGUGGCGCGCCCGCGCUCAAGAGGCAGACGCUCAGCAACCGCAAGAAGAGACGGGAAGGCAGGCGCGAGGAUGCGGUCAGGACAGCUGGGCGACUGCUGGCGGUGCAGAUGCAGAGGAGGGCCGAAGAGGAUGAGCAGAAGAGGAAGGACGAUAGAGAUCGCAAGGAGCAAGAGGAGGAAGUGCCAGACGAAGGGUUGGUGUACGCCGACGAGAACCUCAUGACGCAGCAGGAGCGGCAGCAGAGUCGCAAGUUCAGGAAGAAGGAUCAAUAUCAUCUUCCGGAGCUGGACGUCAGUUUGAGCGAGAUGGGAGCACCAAACGAUCCCAGGGUCAUGUCUCUGGAAGAACUACAGACGUACGCCAAGCAGUUCGAGACUGGCGAGGACAUCAACGUAUACGACUUUUCGAAGAUAGACUACGAUUCCAGCUUCUUCAUGUCACUGCCCGCUUCGGAUAGGUACAACAUUCUGAACGCGGCCAGGUUGCGCAGUCGACUGCGUAUGGGCCACAGCAAGGACCAACUCGACAGCAUGUUUCCGGAUCGGAUGGAGUUCUCGAGGUUCCAGAUCGAGCGAGUGACAGAACGUAACGAGCUGACGCAACGAUUGAUGCACAUCAACGAAGGUGGCGAUGCUCUUUUCAACGGCAGGGGAAGGGUUGCCGGUGAGAAAGGUCGAGAGUAUGUGCUGGUCAAAAACGACGGCGUGGAAGGCGGAUGGGCGCUUGGUGUCAUCAGUGAUGAGGGCACCAAGCAGGAGACAGCGAUUGACCUUGACAAGCCGGCUGUUGCGUUGAAGCAAGACGAAGAUGAGUGGGAGGACGAUAAUGAUUUCGAAGACGUGCCUAUUGAAGGCUUGAACAGGCUACCUAAAAGGCCAACAGCGGACCUCAACCAAUCUGAUGACCACGCGAAGCAAAGGCAGGCAUUUUACAAGUCUAGACAGUCUACUGCGAAGAGAAAGCCGAAGCCAAAGAAGGACGCCGACCCAAAUUCAUUGUUCGUUCCGGACGAGCCCAAUGAAGAUGAAGCGGAAGAGUGGGAGGAGGUCGACGGAAAUGCCGAGCUAUUCGGCGAAGAGAACGGUGCAGAUGAGGACGAGGAGCUGAAUCGAGCCAUUGCAUUGUCUCUCGAGAGCAACGAACAAGAUGCAGACCAAAGUGCGGAUGCCGCUGAUGAUCAGGCGUCUGAUGCUGAAGAAGACGACAUGCUCGAAGUCUUCAACCAAUCCGCUGUCCCUGAAGCCCGGCCUGUGCCUAAGGGUAGCGGCCGAGCUAUUGCCAACAUCGUCAACAAGCGUGCAUACGAUUCCGCUCCCGACAGCCACGAGGUCACUUCUUUCGGUGUCCCAGCACCAAGAUCUGAGAGUCCUAAGAGCCAGAGCGAGAAUGAAGAUGAUACAAUGGACUUCCAAGCUGCUUUGGCUGAGAGUCGCAGAACAAAGCGGAAAGUCAGCCCUCCAGCACGGCGCAAGCCAGCCGGGCCGAAGCCUGCGGACCAAGCUACACAGGUUGCGAAGAAUGCCGGCUUCUCUGGUCCGCUGCCUUUCGAGAAGCUAGAUCUCGGCUCUUCCCUGCUGGGAAAGAAGAAAAUGCAGGCGAGAACCGAGGAGACGGCGGGAGGCUUUGAAAACCCAGAGCUUGAGGGGCGAGAGAAGAAGAAAGCUGAGCCGUUGCCACCUUGGUUCUCUGGUAGCCUGGAUGAGGAUAUCUCGAAGCAGAGAGCUUUAGAGAACGAGGAUCGAGAGCGGGCAAAGGAGUUCAAUCAGCAGUUCCAGUUUCAAAGGAGGGAUGAGGGUGGUCUCCGCAGGCAUGAUACGAAUGAGGUCAUUGACCUUGAUGCCGAAGAGGAACAGAGAGUGUUCAAGAAUGGCGAGGUGAUCGAUCUAGAAGCAGAGGACGAGCAGACUCCGCCUGACGAAAGCACUGCAAUGUUUGACCCAGAUCUUCGGAUGGGCGACGUUGCGGAAAAGGCUCGCGUGGAGCCUCCACAGGCUCCAGAUGUCGCGGAGGAUCAGCCUGUACCGUUGAGCGCCGGAAAGGCAAUGCCGUUUGAUAUGGACGAUAGCGACGACGAAGCAUCUCAGCCAUCAGAACCAGAAGUUCCGCCAAAAGUUGCAAAUGGCGGCGAGCCGGCACAGCCUCUUCCUGCAACCACAGACGACCAACGGCAGGAUUCCGAGGACGAGGAAAUGCUUGAGUGGAGCGAGAGUGAGGAUGGAGAAGCCGCUGCUGAGCGACCAGCGUCAAAUUCAAAGGCAGAUGACGCCCGAUCGAAGACAACAGAUCGGCAGGCGUCUCGGUCACCUAUCAUUGAUCCUGUGAACGCCCACGCUGUAGAAGCAUACCCUUCGAGACAAUCCGCAAGUCAGCCCGUGCAGAAACAGCCAUCACGAUCGCCAUCUGUCGAAUUUGAAGACGUCGAUAUGGCUGACCGGCAUUCCCCGGACAAGGACACUGCAACGCCUGCAUCAGCCGCUGAUGAGAUGGAUGCUCCGGUGCCGGCCUCCGGUAUGGUCCAUCAAGACACUCUACCAGAGGAUGUCGAAGAAUACGAUGACUUUUCGGACCCGGAGGAUGAGGAGCUUUUGCGUGGCCUGACCUUGGAAGCAGAAGAACAUGCGCGCUUUGCGAGCUCUCUGAACAACAAAACUCAAGCACAGAAUAUCGCGGACUAUGAGAAGGAGCUCAAGCAGCUGCGCAACCAGCAGAAGAAGGACCGCCGCGACGCUGACGAAGUCACGCACAUUAUGGUUCAAGAGUGUCAGCAGCUCCUUCGUCUCUUCGGCCUGCCCUACGUUACCGCACCAAUGGAAGCAGAAGCACAGUGCGCUGAGCUGGUGAAGCUGGGUCUUGUCGAUGGUAUUGUCACCGACGAUUCUGACUGCUUCCUGUUCGGUGGCACAAGGAUCUACAAGAACAUGUUCAAUCAAGCGAAGUUCGUUGAAUGCUACCUUACUUCAGACCUGGAGAAGGAAUUUGACCUCACCCGCGACAAGAUGAUCUCAGUCGCGCAGCUGCUGGGGUCUGACUAUACCGAAGGUCUGCCUGGCAUUGGUCCGGUGACUGCCCUUGAGAUCAUCAGCGAGUUUCCGUCGCUUGUGGAAUUCAAGGACUGGCUGAACGGUGUACAGCUGAACACCAUCACCAAAGCCGACGACGCCGGCAACGCUUUCCGCAAGAAGUUCCGCCGCACCGCUACGAAGCUCUUUCCACCUGCUGCGUUUCCCGACACAAGGGUCCAAGCCGCCUACAAGUUCCCGGACAUCGACGCCGACCCUGAGCAGUUCCAAUGGGGCGUGCCGGAUCUUGAUGCCUUGCGCAGCUUCCUGAUGGCCACCAUCGGCUGGAGCCAAGAGAGGACCGACGAAGUGCUGGUCCCGGUGAUUAAGGAUAUGAACAGACGUGCGGACGAAGGUACACAGGCCAACAUCACUGCGUUCUUUGACGGUGGUGUUGGGAUUGGUGCCGCUGGUGCUACCAAGAGCACGGCUAGAGGUGAGGCCUUCGCUCCGAGGAGAAGAGCUGCUGAGAGCUCGAAACGGAUGGGAAGUGCGCUGAGCCGCAUGGCUGAGAAGGCUAAGUUGACUCGUGGGGAGUCUGCCCAGGAGGGUGAAGGUGCACACCUACCGGACGGCGCUGCUAUUGAACAGGACGCAGCUGUGGAGACGACUCAGAAGGGUAGCAAGUCCAAGAAGGGCAAGUCCUCCAAGCGAACGUCAGUGGCUUCGUCCGACGAUGAGGCUAGUGAGUUCGAGCAGCCAAAGAAGAAGAAGCCAAGGAAACCGGCGCCGGCUAAGGCAGGUCGGGGACAAGGGAAGGCGUGA